GAUGAUUGGCUUUUAAAGAUUUAUGUGUCAUUCUUAUUUGAGCGAACCAUUAUAUUGCAUAUUGUUGAUUAAUGGGCAUAUCAAAAACAUUCUAAGACGAAUAACACAAAAAAUGAUUCAAUUCUUUGCAUUUAAAUUGGAUUUUGAUAAAGCUUAAAUUGUUAUGAGCAUGCAGUAUUUGAAUGAAUAAGUUAGAGAGGGGUAUAGAAGUGCUCUAAAUGACCAAUGAAAUAAAAAUCAAAGACUUUUUACUUUUUAUUCUAAUUUGAAAGGCAGUGGUAAUAAGAAAAAUAAAAAUACC